CCCGCUCCCACAACAAGUGAAGGCCUUCGCCACUAAGGGGACCCCCCGCAGCCGCCUGGGAGCCAGUCAGGUAGGCGGGCCGCUGGCCGUCCCUCGGCUUCUGGCUCGGCCGUGCGCAGGGUGGUGCUGUUUGUUCCUUGCCAGCUCCGAAGGCACGAGAGGGUGGACUGCUUGACUCCUUUGACAUUCACCGGAAGCGUGGGAGAGACCGCGCGCGCCCGCCGAGCGAGGAGAGGCUCCGCAGCCCACCGAGCUGCCAGGGACUAGCGGCUUGCUUCUCGCCGAGGGCGCAGCCACCCGCGCGUCCGAGGGCAAGAUUUUUGUCGUGGUGUAUUUUGUCAUUAUGAGAUGUCGUCUCUCGGUGCCUCAUUUGUGCAAAUUAAAUUUGAUGACUUGCAGUUCUUUGAAAACUGCGGUGGAGGGAGUUUUGGGAGUGUAUAUCGAGCCCAAUGGAUAUCUCAAGAAAAAGAAGUGGCUGUGAAGAAGCUACUUAAAAUAGAGAAAGAGGCAGAGAUACUCAGUGUGCUCAGCCACAGGAACAUCAUUCAGUUUUAUGGAGCUGUUAUUGAACCCCCCAACUAUUGCAUAGUGACAGAAUAUGCUUCUGCUGGGUCACUGUACGAUUAUAUUAAUAGCAACAGAAGUGAAGAAAUGGAUAUGGAUCAUAUAAUGACCUGGGCAAUGGAUAUAGCUAAAGGAAUGCACUAUUUACAUAUGGAGGCUCCAGUCAAAGUUAUACACAGAGAUCUGAAGUCCCGAAAUGUGGUUAUUGCUGGCGAUGGAGUAUUAAAGAUCUGUGAUUUUGGUGCCUCAAGGUUCCACUCCCAUACAACUCACAUGUCUCUAGUUGGUACCUUUCCUUGGAUGGCUCCAGAAGUUAUCCAGAGUCUCCCAGUGUCAGAAACAUGUGAUACCUAUUCAUAUGGUGUGGUUCUCUGGGAGAUGCUAACAAGGGAAGUCCCCUUUAAAGGCUUGGAAGGAUUACAAGUAGCUUGGCUUGUAGUAGAAAAAAACGAGAGACUGACCAUUCCUAGCAGCUGUCCUGAAAGCUUUGCAGAACUGAUGCACCAGUGCUGGGAAGCAGAUCCAAAGAAAAGGCCCCCGUUCAAGCAGAUCAUUUCAAUCUUGGACUCCAUGUCAAAUGAUAGCAACCUUCCAGACCAAUGUAACUCAUUCCUGCACAACAAGGCAGAGUGGCAAUGUGAAAUAGAGGCAACCUUAGAGAGGCUAAAGAAACUGGAACGUGACUUGAGCUUUAAGGAGCAGGAAUUAAAAGAACGAGAGAGACGUUUGAGGAUGUGGGAGCAGAAACUAACUGAACAAUCCAAUACACCUUUGCUGCCUUCCUUUGAUAUCAUUGCAUGGACUGAAGAAGAUGUGUAUGGUUGGAUGCAACAGCUUGUUAGAAAAGGUGAUACGUCUGGUGAGAUGAAUGUAUAUGCCAGUUUGUUUAAAGAACAUCACAUCACAGGCAAACGAUUACUUCUUCUGGAAGAAGAGGACUUGAAGGACAUGGGAAUCGUUUCCAAAGGCCACAUCAUUCAUUUGAAGACUGCCAUUGAGAAAUUAGCUCAGGAUUACCUCAACCUGUUUCAUUUUCCACCUCUGAUUAAGGACUCUUCCAGUGAAAACGAGACAAGUGUGGAGAAAGUAGUGAACCUAGAACUUGUAUUUGGCUACCAUUUAAAGCCUGGAACUGGGCCUCAGGACAGUAAAUGGAAAAUGUACAUGGAGAUGGAUGGAGAUGAUGUUGCAAUAACAUACAUAAAAGAUGUGACAUUCAACACUAACUUACCUGACACAGAGAUUUUAAAGAUGUCAAAGCCACCAUUUGUAAUGGAAAAAUGGAUUGUAGGAAUAGUUGAAGAUCAGAUGGUAGAAUGUAUCGUUACUUAUGAGAAUGAUGUCAAAACUCCAAAAUCUACCAGACAUAUCCAACCGGUGCAGUGGUGCAAAAUGAAACUUCAGGAUGAGGUGAAGUCGAUACAGCUCAAAAUCCAGACAUCACUCCCAAAUUCAGAAGUCAAUCCUCGGAGCAGAUCCAAUUCUAGCAUUGACUGUCAGUUGAUGACCUCGCUAAGGAUGCUUAAGGUGACAAGUAGCCCUUCUCUCCAACAUUCUCGCCCUCACAGUCCCAACAACUUAAUGCAUUUGCCGUACCUUGAGAAUCAAGACACCUAUGCUGCUGCCGUGAGACGGACCCACGUUCCCGUAAACUAUCAGAUUACCUCCCUCAACCAGUCAAGAAGCUCAUCUCCAACGCCAUAUCUAUCAUCUUUGCAUUUGAAUUCCAAGGGAAGUAGUACAUCCAGUACGGCUUCAGACAGCCCUUCAGAAAGAAACAGGUCCAAACCUAGAAAUAGGAAUAACUACCACAGUAGUGCACCUCGUAGUGUCUCCACAAGUGGAAGACGUUUCAUAAGAAAUCCAGCAGGAACUCAGGCAAGGAACAGUGACAAGUUUUAUAGGACUUCGCAGUCAACAUUCAGUCCCAGUCAAUAUCCAUCAAGGUCACAUGACCAUAAAAAGCAUGCACCUUAUGAACAACCACCCAGGUCUAUACCAGGGAUGCCCUUGAAAACUGAAAGCGUACUCAAAGUAGAAGAAGAAAGUAAAGUUACUGAAGGGGGCUGGACAAAAGUUGAUUAUUCAAAGAAAUCUUCACGGAACUCUAUUGGGGGCAAACAAAAUAAAGAGAAAUCGAAAGGGAUGGGUAGAGGCAAAAAACGUUCCAAUGAUUUCCAAACAGAUGGAAAUUGAGUAGAAAAUUUAGAUUCUACAAAGAAACCAACUUUACUGUAGCAUAAGCUUUCGAGAAUCACAGUUCUCUUCAUCAGAUGUGUGUCCCACUACUUUUGCAGUAUACAGCAUAUGGUGUGGGGGUUCCUGUCAGUACAGAACCAGCUUCUGGCAAGUAAGAUGGACUUAUUCCAAUUAUUUCAUCAUACUAGAAGGAAGCUUUCUUUGCUGUUUGUCUGGUGCUGUUCAAGUGUGCAUCACUUUCACAUCUAAUUCCAUAAUCAACUGUGUCUCACAGUUUUUUAAACUUGUGCUCACUGCUGUGCUGACACACAAAGGAACUGCUUGACCUACAUGACUGAGGGAGAAAAUGUGAUAGGUUGGGGUCUUCUUUUCUUCCUGUGCAACUCCCAGUAAGGUAUCUUAUCUGCUUCUCUUCUUCUUUCCCUUCUUAUUCUCUGCUCUUGGCUGCUCUUCUACGAUGAGGACAUUCCAUGUUUCCCCCACCUUAAAGUUACAAGCCUACACGUUUCCAGUUAACAUUCCUCUGAUUAGAAAAUAAAGAAAUAUGUCUACAGGAAGUUAAGAAAAUAAUAGUGAUUGAAAUUUUCUCCAUUAGAACUCUUUGGGAGUGAUAUUUAUUGACUUAUUACACGCAUUUUAUUAAUUGUAUUUUAGGGAUACUGUGAAUAUUUUGUCUUUUAGUCUUCUGGUAAUAAAGACACACUACUACUACUACUACUACUACUACAACUAUUACUAUUAAUGUUUUUAUACAAUUGCAAUAAAGGCAAAACAUUGGCCCUUCCCUCAUGAAAAGGAUACAAUUUCUCAGUGAGAAAAGUGGAUUAUAAAUAAAGUAAAUAAAUAAAUAGUGUUUACGGGGGAAGGAACUAUCAAUUCCCAAAUUACAAAUCUUUGCUUCUUUUCCUUCUCCCCAUAAACAUGGCAAGAUUAAAACUGCAAUGAAAACGGCCUAGACUAAAUCAAUAUGACAAGGAGGACUUCCAUCCUUGCUCCCUUUAACUGCCUGGGACUCUUUUCUUGGAAUGGCAGGCAAAGGAGAGGGAGAAAGCCCUUCCAGCUUUCCCUGCAUGUUAGGAGAGCUGGCAAACAGAAAACUUUGGGAUUUUAUGGAUUCAGCUUUCCACAUGAACAGCUAUAAAAACUGGGGCUAGAUUUAUGUAUGCAAGAGAAUGUAGAAUGCUGAGGCAGUAGAAUGGGUUAUACCACUUCAGACAGCAGAUGGGGGAUCAUGGAGAUUCACAUUCUGGAAUGCUACUCUGCUGUGUUUAGAAACUUCCUGCAAAUAGAAAGCCAGCCCAACAGAAGCAGCAUCCCUACUGUGGCCAUUUUCUACUUACGUGGAGUUUUAUCUGUGAAGGAACAUUCAAAGCUAGAAACCAUUUACUGUACGUUGCAUUCUACCACCUCAAUCUUUGACAUGCAUAAAUAGGGUUGCAGGCCUGCGGGAACCUAGGGUGGGAACACGGGAGUGCCAUCAAGUUGACAAUGAUUUUUGGCUCAUUUCUCCCUGCCAUCCUAUAAAGUGAGGGGGGGGGGUGUUUCGGGGCUGCUGCCGGGAAGACCUGGCUACCCUAUGCAUAAACAAGGCAUAGGUCUAAUCCGUAUAUUCCACAGAAUCAAGUGGUAAUAAGGUGGCAGAAACAUGUGUCUUGGUAGAACAGAUUAUAACACUCUUAAAUGCAGGUGGAGAAUCAUAUUUUUCAAGUUCUAUAAAAAGAGCCUCAACACCACCACCACCCCCAAAGUAGAAAACAGCAGGAAGGAAGCAGGGCUCUAACCUCGAGGUGCAAGAUUUUUAAUGGCAGGGAAUGGUUUAUACAGAGAAGUAUCUUUAAAAGAGCACUCCCACCCCGUGUCUGUACAAUUCAUUGUACCACUUUAAGACUGUAUAACCUCUGUCCGGCACAUAGAUCGAAAUGUAAUAAGACUUACCUGAGACUUAUGAAAAUGGAAAUUCAUUUGUCACAAUGUUGUUCAGAGCAUUUUCAUGAACAAAACAGGUUCCUCCAUCUAAUGGAUGGAGACCAUGCGGACUGAGCAUGGUCCAAGCUCUCCCUGAGAUACUGUGGCCGUCGUGAGGGUUUGUGAAGCGUGCUAUCGUUGAUUAUCAAGAUGUCCAAAUAGAUUCCUCUGCUCUUUGUCGCCAACUGAAUUCUGUGCCUAAUUUUAAUCUGCACUAUACUUGUGUGUCCACAUCUGCUCUGUUAAAGCAUUCAUUAGCAUUUAAAGGGGGACUGAUGGUAUUGAUCACACUUAUUAAAACUGAACAUUCAUGCGAAAAUGGCUGGCUAGAAAUCUUCAUCGUGUGCUGGAAUCGUUUGCGAAAAUAACAAGAGUUCCGUAAAAAGAAACAAAAAUGGGGGUCAAGAAAGAAGCUUUAAAAUAAUUCUAUUUGGAGGAGAAUGGAAGAGAAUUAUAAAAUGGAAGAUACAGUUUAAAUAGACGAUUCUUUUUGAAUAGAUUUUUAAAAGUACAAUUUAUGAAGAACUCUUCCUAUUAACUAUCCAAAAUGCUUUCAUUGUGUCUUAAGUGAAAAUUGACAAAGACCUGAUCACAUCUACAGUAUUGUUUUCGGUGGACACGUAGGGUGAUACAGUUAAUGAAAGAUAACAAUGGCUAAUUGUUAUGCUUAAUAGCAAAUUGCAGAAGAUGUCAUGUGUUGCGGUUGCAAGGGUGAGAAAUGCCGCAUUUGAUAUAUUCCUUCUUUUUAACCACUAUUUACGAUACAAGGUUCCUGUCCUCCUCUGCACCUGGUAGUCUCUACCUGUGUGGUUAUGGUCUAGUUCUCAUUGAAGUAUGUGGGCUAAACCACUUCAAGUUACAGUUCUGACUUGUAGGACUGGGGUGGGGGUCCCUGUAUGUAGGUGACUGAUAUGUCAAUAAAUAGGCUAAGCUAGAACCUUUCUCCUUGAUGUCUUGUUUUCUGUAUGAAGGAAUGUCUCAUAAGUGAUGUAUUUAGUCUGAAGCCACAUGAACACACGAGCCUAUAGAGAUCAGUAUUUUCUACCCUGAUGGGCAGCAAGGUCUCCAGGGUCUCAGACUGAUAGGGACUCCAUUUUUUCAUAGGUUCCUCAGGUGUGCUCAAGUGAGGAAGGUGGGUGUCCUAGGCCGGGCCUGGGUGUCUGACAGCGCUGUCAGGAUGGGGAGUGAAGCACACCUGGGUACAAGUCCAAGUAGGGUGCUCAAAGUCCAUCCCAAGGUCAGGGCACAAAGCCAAAAGCCGUUAGUAGCCUAGUCUGAAGGUAGGACUGAAUAGCAAGGUAUGGAGGUCUGAAGGUCAGUCACCAGUAGAUCCAAGGGCAUGAUGUAGGCUGAGUCAAGGAACAGUCAGAAGACUCACAGGAAAGAAGGUAGAGUCCAAUGUAGUGGUUGCAGUGACGGGGAGAUUCUGACUUGUUGCUUCCACAUCCAACAGUUCCUUGUGGUUGGUUUUUAUAGCCCUGUGCUGAGGGAUCACUUUUCCAGCCAGCUGCUUGGGGGCUAGCCUGCAGUUACCUGCUGCUUAUGACAGCUGUCAUCAGCAGCAAGUAGCUGGUGCCGGGCCAGGAGGCUUGCACUGUCUCAUCUUUCCUGUAGCUCUAUUCUUCCUGCUCUAUUCUUCACCUUCAUCUGCGGUGCAGUAAGGGUGUGGGUGAUCCUGGAGGGUUGGAAAUGACUGGCUGAGCUUCACCUUAGGUGAAGCUCAGCCAGUGAGGUGUCAAUGGGUCUGCCCCAGCUGCUGGCUGUGAACUCUGAUCACCCUACAGCUUCUCUUCUGAGUCAAAACUGGCUACAUGAGGAUCCUCUUCUCCUGAAGAGCCCUCGCUAUCACUGAGCCUGGACUGGUCCAUGACCACCUCGACUGUCACUCACUAAUAAUUCUCUCCCUUUCUGUGAUGAACAAUGAAAUACUACUAAGAUUCUUCAUUGCUGAUUAUUUCCACAAAAUGGAUCAAGCCAAAAUGUAUUGGGUGUCUCUUUAAUGAGAGCCAGUUUGGUGUAGUGGUUAAGAGUGCAGGACUCUAAUCUGGAAAACCAGGUUUGAUUCCCCACUCCUCCACUUGAAGCCAGCUGGGUGACCUUGGGUCAGUCACAGCUUCUAGGAGCUCUCUCAGCCUCACUCACCUCACAGGGUGUUUGUUGUGGGCAGAAUAAUAACAUACUAUAUAAACCGCUCUAAGUGGGUGUUAAGUAGUCCUGAAGGGCAGUAUAUAAAUCGAAUGUUAUUAUUAUUGUUGUUAUUAUAUAUUGACAUACAAAGCAUCGUGAUCUGGUGCUUUCAAGAAUUUAAAUACAGAAGAAAGAACCAUAUCUAUUUUCUCAGUUUUUAUGCUUUCUAAUGCUGUUUCCUAUAGAAUGGCCCUUUUUACUUUAGCAGCUAGGUAAGAAUGUUUCUAACUGAAGUUGAAUGUGACCUGAGGUUUUAGAAUUUAAUCUUGUCUGUUUGUAAAUAUGUUUUAAAUGUUUUAAUGCCCCAAAUAUGUUUUAUGUGUAAAGGCUAAUGGCUGUGUACAAUA